UCUUAUAACCAUCGAUUGAUCUGGUAAGAAAGAAAGGAAAAGGCAAUCCUACAGCUUUGACUACACGAUAACACUACAAGGGAAGGGUGGGGGAGCCGUUUUACUUUUCAGGUCCUUCCCAAUUGCUCUACACAUGGAUGCCGUAAGCACCUAAUAAUAUGUUCCAACGCACACGCAAAGACCCCGUUUUCUCUCUCUUUCUUUCUCCCUCUGCUGCAACUCAACACCACUGCACGACAUUCAAAGCCGCGUUUCACUUUGUAAAUUUGAAUAAUCUUUAGUUCUCUUUGCGCGUGUCCCAUUCUCUUCUCCAAUCCUCCAAACUCUAACUCAAAACCCCAAUUUAUUUGAUCGACCCUUUUAUUCAAUAUAAUAAUAUACAAAGUCUAGCCUAAAUGGAGGUUAAGCUAUGGAGCGACAAGCGCGAGAGAGAAAUGUAUGAGAAUUUUGCAGAGCUAUAUGCCAUUAUCAAAGCAACAGAGAAGCUUGAGAAGGCUUAUGUGAGGGAUAUAAUUUCAUCAUCUGAAUAUGAAACUGAGUGCCUAAAGCUUAUUGCCCAUUUCAAAACCUUAUCUUCUACACUCAAAGACACAGUACCUAGUAUUGAACGCUUUGCAGAUACAUAUAAAAUGGAUUGCCCAGCUGCUAUAAAUCGUCUGGUGACCUCUGGGGUGCCUGCCACUGUAGAGCACCGAGCUGCUGCUGCUGCGUCUGCUACUACGUCAGCUGCCAUUGUGGCUGAAUGCGUGCAGAACUUUAUUACUGCCAUGGAUUCAUUGAAACUCAAUAUGGUGGCAGUUGAUCAAGUGCACCCAGUGUUGUCUGACCUCUCAGCAUCACUUAAUAAGCUUGGUAUUUUGCCUUCUGAUUUUGAGGGGAAGACAAAGAUGAAGGAGUGGAUUUUAAGGUUAUCAAAGAUGGGGGCGGCAGAUGAGUUAACAGAACAGCAAGCUAGGCAGCUCCACUUUGACUUGGAAUCUUCAUACAAUUCAUUCAUGGCAGCUUUGCCUAAUGCUGGUACUUGAAGUGAUCCAAUAUAUGGUAUUUUUGUUUAGUGCUGCAAGCCGGUGGAUUCCUAGUGAUGUCUGGAAAGGAUUAUUAGUGGAUAACAGUGUAUACAUUUUUGAAUUAUUGGGUUGUUAAGCUCAAGAUGCUAUUAUGUGCUCUGAUUAUGGAGAAAAUGUUUAUGGUGUCAUGUAUGUGAGAAUGAAUUUGUGAUUUGAUUUGGUUUUGUAAUGUUAAAAUAUUCAUUCGCCUAUUGUUUUUUACCAUGGUAGUUUAUUUGUUAUGCAUGAAUGAUUGUUGUCUUGUAUAUUAAUUAUUUGUCC